AUGAAGAUUAUCAGCAUCGCAACCCAAAACCAAUUGGCUCUCAAAAUCGAAAUACAAGCAUCAAGUUACGAAUUCGCGAGAAGGGUCCUAUAUGUAAAUCCAGAAAGAAGACAGCCGCGGUUUUUCCUGUAUCCGAAGAAGAAGAAGAAGAUGGUGAUUAUACUAAGCAGUUUGGGAAGGAAGGAUGGCUUNAAAUCCAGAAAGAAGACAGCCGCGGUUUUUCCUGUAUCCGAAGAAGAAGAAGAAGAAGAUGGUGAUUAUACUAAGCAGUUUGGGAAGGAAGGAUGGCCUGAUGAUGAUAAGUGUAUGUGGUUAUCUUCAGGAAGUGCAUCUCCUUCGUCUUGCUUUGACAGUUACAAAUUAUCCUUUUUUUUGGACCUUUCGUUCGAUGAGUGGUUAGUUUCUUUCCUAUCGGAUCUCUUUUUGGGUAAGACGAUUUCUUUGUUUGAUGGAUCAAGAAUAAAUCCAAUAGAUGAGGCAUCUCUGGUUCUCGAGAAAACUUCUGUGGAUGAAGAGAGAAUUUUGGAGGAAGUUUUGAAGGAAGAAGAGGCAGUUACUUGGCUUGUUAGCUCCAUUGGGAAUGAAUUAAAGGGCUCUUCUGUUGUGUCUUCUUUCGGGCUGUCCAGGGAGGAUUCAUCGAGUUCUGAUAAUUCCUCGUCUGUGUACCUCGCCGAUAUUGAUUCCCCCCGGAUUUUGAAUAUAAACAGGACAGAUUUCUGGGCAUCUUUGGUGAAUUUUGAUGGAGAGGACACUCAAUCAGACUUGGAAUGUCAGAGCAAUAGGGGUUCUGAAGUCCAAUCUUGUUUUAAUUGUAGUGUUUUUUCUUCACUGAAUCAAAUAAAACAAGAAGAAUCACAGCUUGUUUCAUGUUCAGGUCCUGAUUAUAUAUCACAAACUGUGGAUUUGGAUAGUUUCAGCACUGAUGAACCACUUUUCUGGCCAUCGGAUAAGAAAUAUGAUUCGGGUGCGGAGGCUACAUGGGAGUUGUUUACAAUGUCACCUCGCAAGAGCAAAGUUGGAUCACCUGAGAAUACCUUCAUCAAUUCUAUUGAAUUAACACUCCAAAACAGGAAAUUGGAUUUAAANGUUUACAAUGUCACCUCGCAAGAGCAAAGAACAAAAUCCUCAAAAAUUCGAGAUAAACAAUCGGAAAGUUUCAAUAAGGAUGUUGGAAGGAUGAACAGGACACCUUCAAGAUUGAAGAAGUCCUCCAAACUGGCAAUGAAAAUUGUACCUCUGAAUAUGAAAGAUGAUACCACAGAACAAACAUAUGAGAAACUCGUUGAGUACGGCAAUUUGUUGGAGGAAGAUUUUGUUGCAAACGAGGAACUUCCAAUUGAGACAUUGUUAGGCCUUGAUGAAUUUGAUGGUCAUGAAGGGGUAGAGACAGAAUUUAACCAAGAUAAUUUCUCUCUAGAGGAUUCUUUUUGA